UUUGCAAUUCAUUUUUUAGGUCUGUAGGUACUAAAAUAUUCUACUGCAUGUAUAAUUAUAUAUCCGUAACUCGAGUUAACCAUUGUUUUUAGAGUUAGAGUACCUAAUUGUAGGUUUAAAAUUGCAACUAAUGGAACCACAACAUAAAAAUAAAAACCACAAUGACCUUGCUGGAGGAUUUAUUUACGAAAAACUUAUAUUAUCUAUUCUGGCGAUACGAUGCUGUUUCAACAAAAAAAUAAAAGACUUUAAAAUAGGUUCCAAUAUUCCCGGAUUUGGAUCUUUGGACGAUAUUGUAAUAGAAAUGGAUUAUGACAACGGUAGCCAAGAAGUAUUCGUUAUUCAACUGAAAUACAAAAAAGAAGAAGGAAUCAAAAGUAUUAAAAUCAACUUAAAUAAAUAUAUUCAAGAUUAUAAAAUAAUAAAAGAUCGAUAUAAAGAUGUUAAAGUAACUGUUAUAAUACAUACAAAAGCAAAUGAACAACUUAUACCGCAGCAUAAUGCUUUGGUUAAAUACGAUAUUGAUUUAAAUUUAAAAAUGUUUAAUACAAAUAGAGACGGGCUGUUAUUUAAAUACAACACAAAACUUGUUAAUAUUAACGAUAAAUCCAUAUCUAGCGAUCUUAUUCAACAAUUCUUUGACAAUUGCUAUCUAUUGGCCAAUCAAUGUAGCGUUGAGGAUCCAGAAAAAAUGUUGGGAAGCGAGUUUGACUACUGUGUAGGAAAUCUUGAAAUAAGGGAUAUUUAUAAUUAUUUUGAGAUGAUAUUUUCUAGCAGGAAUGAACUUAUAUAUAAAGAAGAAAUCAGCUGGAUGUUAAAAAUUAAAACGUUAUAUCGAUUUAUUAAUUUAUCAUCGGCAGAUAAUGAAGUUAUAGAAAACGAAAAUGUUAUACUUAAAACCUUAACCUUAUUUAAUUUAGCACAGGUUUCUAAAACCUCGAUGUGUGUUGUUUCAAAUAUUAUAAAACGGAUUAUUCGAGAUCGAUUCUCCGAAUUCAACUCAUUGCAUGAAAAUAUAUCUGAACAAAUAUUAAACCAAUUCAAUUUAAAAAAAUUAACAAAUAUUCAAAACGGAAAUUUGGCUUAUAAGGACUUAAUACUUUUACUGUGGAUGGAAGGAGAAGUGCCACUUCCUUUAUGCAAUACAGAAGAAAAUAAAAAAAUAAUUAAUUUCGUUCUUCAAAAAUUUAAUCCCGAUUUUUCCAUAAUACUGCAAACAGAAGAUGUUGACAAUACUUUUAAACAUAUACAAAUCUUUCACGAUUUUACCAAUAUUCGUGAUGAGAUCGUAAAAGAGGUUAACUUUAAAAAUAUCAAAAUUAAACUUCAUCAAAAUCAAUCAGUUUCCUUGGAGGAAUUACAUUUUUUUGAUGAAACGGCCCUUAAAACCAUUAAUGCUGAUUUGUAUAUUAAACUGUUUUCUUCAAAAGAAAACCACCUUAAAUCAAUCAACCCAUUAUCAUGUUAUAUUCCUAGAAGAUUAAAACCUUUAACAUUUAACAAAAAUGUUACUAAAGAUGAAGUCGUUACCUUUACUGUCCACAGCAAUUGUCCGGAAUUGUCUGAAUUUUUGCGUAAACACAAUACAUUGCGAAAAGAAUCCCAUUGUUACCUUAUUGAUUAUAAUGAAGCUUAUUUAUGUUCUGCGUAUAAUGGAGAUAUUAAAUCAUUAUCAAAUUACCGUACUUCUAAAGUUUUAACAGAAGAAGAAUUAUUGCGAUUAAACAUUCCCAUAAACAUAAUUGAUGGAAAUGCUGGAAUGGGAAAAUCUCAAUUUUUAAGAAACAUUCAGUAUUUACUUCCUAAGGAUUAUUGGACCAUCUUACUAAACCUAACAAAUUACCAUAUGUUUUGGAAGGAUGAAGUUCUAGAGAAUAAAGAAAGCCUAAUUGAGUAUCUUGUAAAACAUCAGAUGGAAGGAAGAAUUGACGACUGUAAUCUAAAAUUUUUAACUGAAUUAUUUAAAAAUCGACUAAAAAACAAGAAGAUUUAUUUACUCAUAGAUGGCUUCGAUGAAGUUGAUUUUAAUCCUGAAAAUAUACGUAAAAUAUUUCUUUUGUUACAAGUGCCCCUUUUUAUCACCACUAGACCAACUAAAAAGGAAGUCCUGGAAAAGGAAUUGCGUGUUCCAUCUAUUAAAAUAAUGGAGUUUUCCGAAGAUAAUCAAAUUGAAUUUUUGCAAGUUCUACCCAAUUUAAGUUUGAAUUACAUAAAUAAAGUCCUUGACGGUUUGAAAAUAGAAAAAAGUUUUUUGGGUGUCCCACUAUUACUAAAGAUUUUGGUAAAUAUUUUGCCGAGUUUAAAAGAAAUUGAAAACAUUGAUUUAUUAGUUUUAUAUAAUACUUAUUUUGACAAAAAUAUGGAACACUACAAAAACUGUGAUAGACGUGCAAUUAAACAUUUGGCAUUUCGAACGUUUUUUAAAGAGUUUUAUGGUACAUUUUUUAAGGAAAAAUUAUUUCAGGAGGAUUGUAAAGAUUUUCAAAACACAAUUGCUACAAAAAAAGAUGUAAUAUUCAGCGGAUUUGAUUCAGAAAAAGAACCGACUUUUAUACAUAGAACGUUCGCUGAAUGUUUAUGUGCCCAGGUUUUAAGUGAAAUAUGCCUUCAUGAACAAUUUACAAAAAUUUAUGAGGAGUUAGUAUCAAAAAUUGAAUAUAAUUUAGUAAAAUAUUUUUUUGAUUUAAUUAUAUGUAAAAAUUUACCUUUGCAUUAUGCAGCGUUAAGAAACGAUAAAAACAUUGAAAUAUUAAUAAAUAAACACGAUUAUUCUAAUGAAAAGGAUAAGUUGGGUAGAACUGUUCUACAUGUACUUUCUACGUAUGGAGAUUAUUCUGAAAGAACUAACAUUCAAAAGAACAAAAAACUUUAUACCUUUGUUCGUAUGAGUGAUCCAGAAAACUAUAAUGGAAAAAAUCCGUUUCUUCCAGCACGUGACACAAUAAAACUUUUAUUAACAAAAACUAAAAUCAAAUCAAACUUUAAAUUAGUGGAGGAUAGAUUUGAGAAAAACAUUAUAGACUAUUCAUAUCUCUCAUUUUCCUACGAUGUUUUAAAUGAAAUUUGCAAAUAUUCUUCCAUUAAUUUUACUAAAAGAGAUUUCAAAGAUUUAAAGAUACUUAAUAACUUAACUGUAUUUGCGAUUGUUUUGCAUCAUAAUGAAAUACUAAAUUGUAUAGUUAAAUCUAAUGAUUUUAGAGAAAGGAUUAUUUACAAAUCAUUGAUGUACCCUAACUUUGGACCUUACGGUUUACAUGCAGCAGUUUUAAGCGAAAAUGUUGAAGCUUUGGAGUUGUUAAUUUUAAAUGGUUCACUUUUGGAAAAAAAAGAAUCUUUUUUAGAAGUCAUAGAUGGCUGUGGUAACACAGCUUUACAUUUGGCGGCUAGAAAAGGAAAUGUUGAAUUAGCAGAUAUGUUAGUUAUGAAAGGUGCGAAUGUUAAUGCAAAAGCAGAUUUAGACGAUACACCUUUAAUGGAAGCAUGCUCAAAUAACAAACCUGAAAUUGUGAAAUAUUUAAUUAAUAACGGAGCACAUGUUAACAGUCAGAACAGAAUGGGCCAAACUGCUUUACAUUUUGCAGUUCAAAACAAAUCUGACUUAAUAAUACAUAUUUUGCUAAUAAACAACGCUUAUCCCAACAUACAAGAUUUUUUAGGACUUACACCCUGGCAAGUGUUGAAUGUUGAAGAAUACGCGCGAAAAAUAGUUAAAAAAUGGAAUAAUUAAAGGAUUAUGCAGAAAAUCUGAUUGACCUGCUGGACCUUUCUGGACCCUGGUAUUAAAAUAUUGACACAUCUCAUGAGAUUGCAAUGCAGUUUUUUAUUUAUGCGGACGUGAUAAUAAUUCAAAUGACUGUAAUAAUGCCGAAAACAAUAGUAUUAAUUGUACCACUAAGUAUUAUUAAAUUUUUAAAACAUAUAGUAAUAAAUUAUAGUGCGAAGGAUACAAAUUGCCAUUGUUACAAAAACGCCUUAAGACUACUUAGACAAUAACUUUUAUACUAGUUUUUAUAGUUAAUUUAAUUUUUUAUUUUUAAGCUUCCUAUUUUUUAUUUUUGUUUUGCUAUUGUUGUUAUAAUAUGAUGAAUUUGUUUAAAUUUGGUCACACAGAAAAAACGCUUUGAUAUAGUCAUUAACAAUGUUUUUUUCAUUUCUAUUUUAUUCAAUCAAAUAUGUUUAGAGCAAUUGGGGGUAAGGGAUUGAUGUUAUUACAAAUAUUAUAUUUAGCCCAUAACAAAAUAUUAUCAAGUUAAAAUUACUUGUUAUAGAGUGAAUGACUCUUUAGAUUCAAACCUAAUGGAAAUGUGUACUUGUUUGAAAAUUUUAGAAAUAAUUGUAUUCAAAGUUUACCUGAUCAAGGUAAAAUUAACAAUAUUUAAUUAAAUAUAAAAUUGAUUUAUAUUAAAAUGCUUCAACCAAACAUUAAAA